AUUCUAAAAGCAUACAAAAGAAGUCUAAAGUCAUCUUCAUGAAUUACAAAUGCUAGUGCUGCGUCUCUUGUGUUGGAGAAGACAAUCAAUAAUAGUGGCCAUGCCCAUCAAUAAAUCACUAAUAGAUACAUGUUGAUGCGUAAUCUAACAGUCGACAUCAGUAAUUGAGUUAUUUGUGUAAAAAUUUUAAUUAAAAAAAAAAAUUAAUCAUUUUCAUACGAAGCAAAUAUUCCGACACCGGUAGCGCAUCAACUUUAUUGUUGAAUGGAUUUUUUUUUUUUUUUUCCUUUUAUUGUUGUGCCUAGAUAUCGGAAUAAAUUAAACUUUUGAAUAGAACGCGAGUUUGUGAGUGAGAAAUAUAUUCAGUUCCAAGUUUAAUAUUGGAACACUCCUAUCAACUCUGUGAAAAGCUGUUGAGUCG